GACAAUUAGAUACAAAUCUCCGCCUCUUGUGGUCGUUGUCUCUGCAGCGUGAGUGGAGAAAAGACGGCCAAAAAAGAGCAAAAUGGCGCUCACUUCUCAAGGAACAAAGAAAAAAGUUUGCUACUACUAUGACGGUGAUGUUGGGAACUAUUACUAUGGACAGGGACAUCCCAUGAAGCCCCACAGGAUCCGCAUGACACACAACCUUUUGCUCAACUAUGGCCUCUACAGAAAGAUGGAGAUCUAUCGUCCCCACAAAGCCAGCGGGGAGGAGAUGACCAAGUAUCACAGUGACGAUUACAUCAAAUUCCUGCGUUCAAUCCGACCAGACAACAUGUCGGAGUACAGCAAACAAAUGCAGAGAUUUAAUGUCGGUGAGGACUGUCCUGUGUUCGAUGGGUUAUUUGAGUUCUGCCAGCUCUCUGGAGGAGGCUCUAUUGCUGGUGCUGUGAAGUUGAACAAACAGCAGACAGACAUCGCUAUCAACUGGGCUGGGGGUCUGCAUCACGCCAAGAAGUCCGAGGCCUCUGGAUUUUGCUACGUCAACGACAUUGUACUGGCCAUUCUGGAAUUACUGAAAUACCACCAGAGAGUCCUGUACAUAGAUAUUGACAUCCAUCAUGGAGAUGGUGUGGAGGAGGCCUUCUACACCACCGACCGCGUCAUGACGGUUUCCUUCCACAAGUACGGCGAGUACUUCCCUGGCACCGGCGACCUGAGAGACAUUGGUGCUGGGAAGGGCAAAUAUUAUGCCGUGAAUUAUCCACUGAGGGAUGGAAUCGACGACGAGUCGUAUGAAGCCAUAUUCAAACCUAUCAUGGCUAAGGUGAUGGAAAUGUACCAGCCCAGUGCAGUGGUUCUGCAAUGUGGAGCGGACUCUCUGUCAGGAGACAGACUCGGCUGCUUUAACCUCACCAUCAAAGGCCAUGCCAAGUGUGUGGAGUACAUGAAAAGCUUCAACCUGCCCCUGCUGAUGCUGGGCGGAGGCGGCUACACCAUCCGCAACGUGGCUCGCUGCUGGACGUACGAAACCGCUGUAGCACUUGAUUCCCCCAUCCCCAAUGAGCUUCCAUACAAUGACUACUUUGAGUACUUUGGGCCUGACUUCAAGCUGCAUAUCAGCCCCUCCAACAUGACCAACCAGAACACCAACGACUACCUGGAGAAGAUUAAGCAGCGCUUGUUUGAGAACCUGCGUAUGCUGCCUCAUGCACCAGGAGUGCAGAUGCAGGCUAUUCCUGAAGAUGCUGUGCAGGAGGACAGCGGAGACGAGGAGGAAGACGACCCCAACAAACGCAUCUCCAUCCGCGCUCAUGACAAGAGGAUAGCGUGUGAGGAGGAGUUCUCUGACUCUGAGGACGAAGGUGAAGGAGGUCGCAGGAACGCAGCCAGCUUCAAGAAAGCCAAGCGAGUCAAAACCGAGGGCGAGAAAGAGGGAGAAGAAAAGGAGAAGAAAGGUGAGGAGGAAACAAAAGAAGUCAAAGUAGAGGAGAAAGUGCCGGAGGAAGAGAAAAUGGACACAUCCAAGCCAAAAGAGGAAUCCAAGACUCCUUGAGGUCGUAGACCCUCGAUGAUGCCAGUGCAGCUGAUCAGACCAGAUCCCAUUUUUUUUUUAAGAUGAAUGUUCCAGUCUGUGGCUUUGGAAACCAGUGAAGGACUGUUCUUUUGUAACGUCACAUCCUACUCCUCUGAAAUGUCAUGAGGAGCCGAACAUGUUUUUCUAAGACAACUUUUCAACUUUGCUGUUUAUGGACUUCAAGUCAAACUGGCUGGUUUUUUUAAUACUUUCUUGUUGUUUUUUUUGUUGUUGUUCUGAAUCUUUUGAAACUACUCUGUAAAAAAAAUAAAUUUGCCUAGUAAACGUACGCUUUUAUACAUCUGAUUUAAUUUAUUUAAAUCAUAGAUUUUUUCUUUAUUGUCUUUCAGCCCCACUUUAGCUCUGUGCCUUUUUGAAUAUGUAGUUGAAGCAUGUUUGUACCAUAGAUCCUUUUCUUUACAAACAUUUGUGCCACUGUUCUUCCACCAGUAAUGGACAAGAGGGUUUUCUCAUCUUAUUUACCUCUAACAUGUCACAAUGUCAGUUUCAUGCUUAUAUUUUAGGUCAUGAUAGAAUUUGUCCUUAAGUGACACAUAUGUAUUUUUCUUUUUUUUUAUAUUUGUGACUCAGUUGAACAAUGUUUGGGUCCGGCAUUAAGCUUAGGUUCUGCUGAUAUUUGGACUUCUAAUAUACUGUAUAGUACUCAAAACACAGUGAUUCUCAAAGUCUGGGUUGGGACCCACAAAUGUGCAGAGUUUUUACACCUCUUUUUGUCAAGACUUACAAGUAUAUAUUUUAAAUAACACGCUUAAAUGAAGUUGUAAUUCAUUGACGACACAUGAUUUGUUUGGUGUUAAAGAUACGACGCGCACAAGUUUGCCAUCGGAGUGGGUCCCGGUCCCCGUGGAGAAGGUUUGGGAAGCGCUGCUGUGACACGUGAGGCAGAAAUAAAAACCCGUCAGAAUGCGUUCACGUGUUGUAUAUAUUUGUAUUCUGAAAUCAAAAGCAAGGAAGUUUACUUUCACAAGAUUGAUAACAAAUGACACCUACAGUGUGUCACACAGACCCCGGGCGUGUGUGUGUGUUGACCACGUUUUAAAACACCAAUAAAAACUGCCAUAAAAAGA